GCAGAGGUUUACUUCGGUGAGUGAAACGACAGUGAAAGUAAACUGAGCUCAGGGGAAAACACCUAAACAGUGUUUGUAUAUUUAAAGAGAGAUUCGAAGUUAAUUGGAUAAUUAAGAACAAUGGAUAUCACAGCAGAGGCCAAGCAGAUUAUGGUCCAGGCGUUGAGUAAAAUGUACAGCUCGCGCACCCAGCGUGGUGGACUCCGGCUCCACCGGAGCCUGUUGCUGACGCUCGUCAUGAAAUCUGCAAGGGACAUCUACCACUCUGCCCGACUGACAAGCGAGGAAAAGGGGCAAUCUGACACAUACGGUGUGACGGAGAACACAUCACAAGCAGAAGAGCCCAUGGACACAACGAGCUCCACGACAGCACCUCUGCGCUCGGCAGCGGCUACCGAGGAUGGGCAAAGGUCCGGACUCGAGGGUCAUUCACUUCUACGCGACCCCGCAAGACUCACAGUGGACAAAGAAAACUGCAAUCCAACCAAACUGGACCGUCACUCUAGAAAGCGACGGAGCAAAACAGCCACAGAUCCCGACUUCCUACCAUGCAAAAAAGCCAAGCUGGAGUUCUUGGAGGUCAGAGGAAUUCUUCAGGCAACCCAGAAUAAUUCCGCCAUCUGCGGUAGAGCGCUGGACUCACUGUCACUCGUGCCUAUGCCAAGAACAAUUGUCACGUUUUGAAAAGACUAACAGCAAUGGCACAACUCAAAGACAGCAAAGUGAUCUUUGCGCACUAUUGAGGGAAGCGUAUUUGUGGCGCACAUCUACUACCGAGUUUCUGCUGUGUAUUAAGGGCACUUGACUGAGGUGGAGAAGUCAGUGGGUGAUUACUCACAGUGGAACAAUGUGACAGCUGAUUGCUCAUCGGAGAGCGGGUUGUUUUGGAAAUUUGUGACUAAUGGUGCUUGUUCAAACUACCGUGUUUCUCUGAUUCAGGACAUGACGCGGUACUAUUACUUCUACGAGAAGUGUGACUGAGAGAACUUCCACGGAUAUUCAUAUGAACUUUAUUAUUUAUUUAUUUAUUGUCCAAGAACGGUUUCUGGUUGUUCUAUGUGUGGUUCAGACUGUAUUCGUCUAAAGUGCUGUCAGGAUUGGCCACUGACUGGGAUUUUUUGUGGUCUUCUUGCUGGAAAAUCCCAGUUAAGUUUUGUUUGGGAAUAUUGUAGCUGGUUUCUUAAUGGUCCAAGCUGAUAGAUCAUCUCAGAAAGCAAACCAUCGUAGCUGGUCAGCCAGAUAAUGACCAGGGAUUUUCCAGCAGGUCAACAUGACAUAAGCUAGGCCUACUACACACAGACAUCAUGAUGUUAUGGUGUAAAUCUACCUCACUUUUGUACAAUAAAAGAUUCUCAACCAUCUAA